AGGAUGUCAAGCUGAAAAUAAAGACAGUGUGAUUUGGCAAGCAGCUCGAAGCGACAAGUGUUUCUGAGAGUCAAACAAAAACAUGACAACAUGGUUUACACUCUUAUCUCCCUUAUCUUCAUUCAAGUCCAGCUCGUGUCAGGUCAAACAAACAACAAAACAGUAGGCGUCGUAGACAUUGGUGACAAUAAACCAAAGUCGAUGAACCCCUCCGUGGUGUUGGGGAAGAAUACGACACUGACUAAUAAUUCCACCUCGUCUGGAAACAAUAGAUCAGCGGUCGGUAAUUCAACAUCACUCGGCAAUACUAAUUUUACGGCGGCCAAUUACUCGCUUCAUGCAGGAGACACGACCAAUAGCAACACCUCGACGACAAACAGGACGCGUGGGAUAUCCAAGGUGACGGCCAACACUACAGCCGCCAAUGGAACAGGCAGUCCUGAAAACACAACCACAGUCAACGUAAGCACUAAACGGACAGGGCAAAGCGACAACGACACCACUACCUAUUCUCAUGAAAAUUUCUGGAGUCUAUGGAGCGAGUGGAGUUGCACACGGAAUUGCAGUGUACGAGAACAGAUGAGGCUAAGAGACUGUGUUAUUAGAUCAAAGGUAAAGAAAGAAUGUACGGGAAGUGCGAUAGAGUCGCGGCCUGCUUCGUGUCAUGCCUUCAAAUGCCCAUUAGAUUGUGAGUGGCCAUUCUUCGGAGAGAACUGCAGCCGGAACUGCGAGCACUGCAGGGAACAGUGUGACCUGUUCAAUGGAACCUGCAGAAGCUGUUACGACGGCUGGGAUUAUCCCGAGAACGGAUGCAUUCUGGAUCGAACUGGUUACGAAGAAUGGAGUCCUUGGCAAUGCUCGGAAGACUGUUCCAACCCGAAAUUGAUACGUAUACGGCUGUGUAGAGUCUCUGAUCCAAGUUUCGUGGGAGAGCAAGAGAGAGAACCUUGCCAAGUACCGACAGUUGACAGCAAAGAAGGAGAUUGUUAUAUUGGAAAAAUGUGUCCUAAAGAUUGUCCUGAAUUUACUUGGGGCCCCGACUGUGCCCAAACUUGCUACAGCUGUAUCAAAGACUGCAACAAGUUCACUGGCACAUGUGACGCCUGCGUAGCGGGCUACCAGGUCCCCGAAGCUGGAUGCCUGGCGCCUUGUAGUUUCAAUACAUACGGACUAGACUGCAAAGGGAAUUGCUUCGACAAAUGUGGCGAGGACUGUAUCGAGAGAAGUAACGGAGAUUGUAUAGCUCAAUCCAACAGUUAUUUUGCUUUCUUUCUCGUACUCCUGGUCAUCCCCAUCAGUGUCUUCAUUUACUUCGUGGCUGUAAGAAAGAAAGAUGUGGACAAGGCAUUAAUCAGAUCCAUUUCUAGUACGAGAGAAAAUAUUGGAGCGAAUCAGUCCAAGUCCAAGCUGACCAUGAUUGCCAAGUCCAUGUCCCAACCGUCCGUCAAAGCGAGCAGGUCCAGCAGGUCAGAAAGAAGCGUAAUGGACUCCAGGCACGGCAAGAAGCGCGAGAGCGGAGACGUGGACCAAUACAUACCUCCGACCAUCUCCAUUUCUAGAGGUAGCACUAACCUCAUCAAUAAAAGAAAUCCGACUGACUGUGGUUACAUGUAGCCAGCAUGUACACGUCAUUUAUUUAAUUAAAUCUAAUGAAGGGAACUAACCCAACUUAUACUGCUCAUCUGUCAAGUACUGACUGACUUAAUCCUGUGCACUCCCAGGACCGCAACCACACCUCUCCACGGAACUCGGUUCUGGGCAGCUUUCUUCAUCUGCUCCCAUGUCAUUCCUGUACCUUCAGCUUCACUGAUGACUGACCUCUUCCAGGUUGGCCUAGGUCAUAAAAUCGCUCGGGGGAGGGUUAGGUCCCGCUACAAUUAUUAUUGUUCAGAAAUAUUUUUAAAAAAUAAAAAGUGUUCCUUGUGUUUCGUUA